AAGAGGAAGAGAUGCUCUCACCUGCUUUUGUUGGCAAUUAAUUCAUGCUUCGCGGAGUAAUUUCCCUCGACAAAUAAAAACGCUUAACGGCUUCUGUAAAGCCCAUUUACCUGCUUCAAAGCCGUUUAACAGACUACACUGUAGUGGAAACAUGGAGCCCAAAGCCGUUGUUCUGAAGGAGAAGUUUUUCAUCGUGAUACGCGGGAAGUCGAGGAAAGGCUUCUGUCGAGGAUGCAUCGGCCGCGUGGAGGCGGAGCUGCAGCGCGGAGAGCUGACGGGGCUGCUGUACGGCGGCGGCGGAGGCGGCACCGCGGGGAGCCCCAAGAGCGGAGGUGUGAGGAGGGAGGACACGUACCCUCUGACCCGACACCAGGCGCAGCUGCUGCUCUUCGUUUCCCCCGCGAGCAAACGCCUGGAGCUGCUGUGCAACCCGCAGCUGUUCUCGGCGAUCUGCGAGCUGUCUCAGGACGACCUGGUGGUGGUGAAGCACAAGAGGGGACACCUGCCGGGGCUGAUGAAGAACCUGAUGGAAAUUGGGAGGAAGGAGAACAAAGACGACCUGCACAUGCUCGGCUUUGAAGUGGAGUUUGUGGACAGUGAUCACAAUCUGUCAUCUAAGAAACCUGCACCCCUUCCCCUGUUCAGUGCAGCAGACAUCGUCCAGGUGGUCCCAUCUUACGCCGUUCCCAAUGGUCUGCAAUGGAAAGACGGCCAAUGUGAGGGUUUAAACAGAAAAGGGGUGACGCGCAUCAAUUCCAUGCCGAAUAUAGGAUCUCAUGCACGACACGUCAGGGAGAACCGCACGGAGCAGGGUGUCAUUCAGAGCCAACCUUCGAGCACGUCUCAUGUGUCUCUGGAGGUGGGCUCCAUGGUGGAGGUGGUGUCCAACUCGGGUGUCACAGUGUACGGGGUCAUCCAGUGGUUGGGGGUGCCAGAAGGGAAGACCAACAAAUGGGCUGGGAUUGAAUUGGACUAUGACGUGAACGGCUGCUCUGAUGGGAAGCACGGAGGCCAGAGGUAUUUCACCUGCAAAAUGGGCAGAGCUUUGUUUGUUCCCGUCGCAAAGUGCAGCCCCGAUGGCAGGUUCGUCUGCUCGUCUACAGGGACGGAGAACCUCAACCCCGCAGACGCACCUCCAGUUCCUCCAUUUGAGGACCCAGAGGAGGAUGUACCUCCUAUUCCUGAAUCCGAGGCCUUGUCUUUGUUAGUGGGACGAAUGAAAGGGAUUCAGGGUCACAUCAACUCCUGUUACCUCGAUGCAACGCUCUUCAGUUUGUUCGGCUCAUCCGUGACCCUGGACAACAUCUGCAGAAAACCUGCUGACACGGAGAAACCCAUAACCUGCACUCUAAGAAAAAUAGUCAACCGUUUGCGCAGACACGGGUUCGUGCCUGCAGUGAAUGUGAUGAAUUUCCGUAAAGAGCUUGGCUGCGACACCUUCCGAACAGAGGAGAAAGACCCAGAGGAGUUCAUCACAGUCCUCUUUCAGAAGGUGCUUUGCAUGGAGCCGCUGCUCAAGCUCAGAUCGGGACCAGAAACAUGCCAGGGUGCCUACACCUUCCAGAUCUUUCUGGAGAAAGAACAGAUGGGACAGAUGCCCACUGUCCAACAGCUGCUGGACACGUCCUGCCUGUCUGGGGACCUCAAGUUUGAAGAGAUGCCGUCCUGUCUAAUGGUUCAGAUGCCGAGGUUUGGAAACAAGUAUAAGAUGUUCUCUCACAUAAUUCCCUCCACCGAGCUUGACGUCACAGAUCUCCUAUACAACUCUCCAAGGGAAUGCUUCGUCUGUGGGCAGUUGGCAGAGUACGAGUGUCUUCAGUGUCUACCAGAUCGCAAACUGCAGCCAGGGAGAAUAAAACAGUACUGCUCUACCUGCAACACACAGGUGCACACCCAUCCCUCCCGGCAGGGUCACUCUGCCAAAGCUCUGGCAGUACCAGCAGAUGCGGCCUCUGGUUCUCCUGUGCCCAGGCACAUGAUGCAGCUGUUUGCUGUGCUCUGCAUUCAAACCAGCCACUAUGUGUCCUUCGUCAAAUUCGGCCCUGAUCCUCACUCCUGGCUCUUCUUCGACAGCAUGGCAGACAGAUGCGGUGACGAUCAACGCGGCUACAACAUUCCUGUGAUCCGAGCUUGUCCGGAGUUGGGUGACUUCCUGUCCCAGCCGGAGGAGGAGCUGGCUUGUUCCAACCCCUCCCAGGCAUCUGAGCUAGUGCGCAGGCUGCUGUGUGACUCUUACAUGUUUCUAUACCAAAACCCAGCCGCCCCACUUUCAAAGCCAAACCAGCAGGAGUCUUGUGAGGACGAGGACAUGCCGUUCCAAUAACAGUGCCUUAAUAACCUUGCAUCUGUGCGCAAUCAACUGGAUUUUGUGUUUGUUAUUACAUACAGGAAGUGAAACGGAUGCUUCUAACGUCAUGGAGGAAAAUAAUACUGCUGAAGAGAAACUGACUAUGAAUGAUCGUAGUUAAAGUUGAUGCAGAUGUGUAAGAAGAAAAAGAACGUCAGUCGGUGCUGAGGCUAACUGCCCCCUCUCAGACACACUGUGAUCACUUAAACACUGCUCUCCAAACACCAAUGAGAGUCAAACUAACUAUAACACAAUGUAAAGACAACUCUAGAUUAGAAUGUUGUCUGUCCCUAAAGAGAGACCUUGGAUUGGCAGAAAAUCUCUCUACUGUCAGAGAUCAAGUACAGGCUCAGACCACAAACUGGAAGACACACACACACAAUCAUGGCAACCAAAGUAAAACAGUGUGUGGUCACUGUUGGGGAGACUGAGACAGAGAGGCACUUCCUCCUAAAUUGUAACACAUUAAAUGAAAUGAGGAACGAUUACUUUGACAAAUUCAACUCUGUAAUCCCAGAUUUUGAAAGAGCUUAAUGACUUCUCAAAAUUGAAAAUGGUCCCAUGAGGAGAAUUUGAGGCAUAUCUUGUGUGUAUCAACAUGCCACAAUCUGACAGUGAAUGACCUAGAUACACAUACAUGCGUUUGUUCAAAUGUAAUUGUAAUACUGUACAUAUAUCUUCAUUACACAACAAUCGUAUUGUGUUGAUAUUAAUAUUAUUGUGUACUUUUGUUUUUUGAUGCUUUUGGCAACAUUGUUUUUGAAUGCGCAGUAAAAUAUUACACUCUGAA